CAGAAAAAUGAGCUGCUUGGUGCUGUCAGCUGGCCCAGUUAUUGCUGCUGGAAAACAGAGGAGAGGGAGAAACUAGUGUUGUGCUUGUUACCUGUGGGAUAAAGGAAGAAAAGAUCAGACUCACUUUGUAUAUCUUAGAUUUGCUUUUGUUACCAGCGACUCUUCAUGAAAUGCACUCCCUUAACCAGGAAAUUAGGGCAUUCUCUCGGACUAAUCUCAGGAAACAAUGCACCAGGGUGACAACGUUAACUGGGAAAAAAAUUAUAGAAACCUGGAAGGAUGCUCGAAUUCACGUUGUGGAAGAAGUGGAGCCUGGCAGUGGGGGUGGCUGUGGUUAUGUGCAGGACCUAAGCCUGGACCUGCAUGUUGGUGUUAUUAAGCCAUGGUUACUACUGGGAUCACAAGAUGUUGCUCAUCAUUUGGACACACUGAAAAAACACAAGGUUACUCAUAUCCUCAAUGUUGCCUAUGGAGUUGAAAAUGCUUUUCUUAAUGACUUUACAUACAAAAACAUUUGUAUUCUGGAUCUACCUGAUACCAAUAUCAUAUCUUAUUUUCCAGAAUGCUUUGAAUUUAUUGAAGAAGCCAAAUUGAAGGAUGGAGUUGUUCUUGUUCAUUGCAAUGCUGGAGUCUCCAGGUCUGCUGCAAUUAUAAUUGGUUUCCUGAUGAGUACUGAAAAAAUCACAUUUACCAGUGCCUUUUCUUUGGUGAAAAAUGCAAGACCUGCUAUAUGCCCAAAUUCUGGAUUCAUGGAACAACUUCAAGCAUAUCAACAGGAAAAAAAAUGGGAAUAAAUAAUCGGGCAUAAUAAAAUUCAGGAAACAGAUGAAGCCAGCAGUUUGUGAAAUGGCAUUUUAACAGAUGAUGUGAAACUAUAACUUCUGAAUUGAUCUUUUAAAAUAAAGUUUUUAGGAUAGAAUGGCAGAAGCCAAAUCCUUUCUUUUUGCUACUCUUAAAGUAGAAACUGAGGUGGCCUAAUUAUCUUGAGCGUUAGCCUACAAGAAUUUUUUAAAAAUAACACUGCUUAUUCUUCAGCAUUUAAAAUGUGUGAUGGAAUGCUUUUUUUUGUUUUUUUUUUUUGAAUUGUAUAUGCCAGAUAACAUUGAUAUUACUGAUCCUGUUAACUUCUUUGGAGGAAAAUGGUAAAAAUAAAUUUGAAAUCUGUCUUUGAACAUUGAAAGAAAAAUAACUCAAUUGUUGAAUACUUUUGAUUGUUGUUUUUUUUUUAUUCUAGCAACUUUUCUAAUAGACAGAUAUGCUGAAAUACUGCUUGACAUACACAUAUUUAGAAAAAGAGUUAUCAUCUAAGAGAGAUUUAUUUGUCUUCAUUUCUUUUCCUAUAAAAAUAAAUAGCUCAAAUUCCCUGAAGGGCAUAUUUACAACCAAAAAGGUUUAUUCAGAAGAUAUACAAUCUCAAUAAACACAGCACUUGAAUAUCCUUUCAUUAGAAUUCAUUGCCUUUGAGUUGUUUCGUGUGGGGUUUUGGGGGGGUGGUCUUUUAUCUGUUUGGUAGCUUUUGCCCCCACUUCCCUUUACUCCCCUUUUUUACCCCUUACACACAAGUACUCACCAUAUAUUCUGAUUGAUAUAUUUUACUGUCAAUAGGCAUCUCUUCUCUUUCUGGGUUCCUUUUGUACUUUUACUGAGUUAUAUUUUGCAAAGUUUCUGGAAGAAUCAUAUUUCUGAAAAAUAUUCUUUAGGAAAGACCUAUUUGUCAUGACUAACCCUAAAAUUCACAUAGAUAAUAAAAUAAAAAUGACUAUAAUCAAUUUCACCUGAUAUUGUUUGCUUCACUACAUACAAUUCUUUAAGAAAAAAAA